AUGUCACUAGGUGCCGAAGAUGUCAAACCCAAGGCCUUCCAUGCGGAGGAGGGUACGCGCGAGUCAAUUGCAGUGGAUCCGGUGGCAGAGAAGAAGCUUGUUCGCAAGAUUGAUUUGCAUUUGAUGCCCUCGGUGUUUAUCCUCUAUCUGUUUUCUUACGUGGAUCGAUCCAAUCUCGGUUUAGCCAAGGUUGCAGGCAUGGAAGAAGAUCUCGAACUCACCUCGGACCAGUAUUACACUGCGGUCAUUAUGUGGGUGAUUGGCUAUACAAUUGCGGCCGUGCCGUCGAAGUAA